AUGGAGAGCCCGGAGGACAAAUCCCCCCGGCAGACCCUGGUGGGAGAGGCCGUUUUGAAGGGCUCCACGGCGCAGGAAGGCAGUGGGGAGGAAAAGGGCCAGAGAUCCCCGCGCAGGAGGGACUCCAAAGCCAUCCCAGGGUGCUCUGAGGAGGAAAGAGCCAGCCUGUGCCGGGAAGGCGGCCGGAGUUUGAGGGGGAGCUCCAACCUGGUGGUCCCUGAGCAACCUCCCAGCAGGGAGAAGCCCUUCAUGUGCUUGGAAUGUGGGAAGAGCUUCAGGAAGAGCACCCACCUUCUCACCCACCAGCACAUCCACACUGGAGAGCGUCCCUACACAUGUGGAGAAUGUGGGAAGAGCUUCAGUGACAGCUCCACCCUCCGCACCCACCAGCACAUCCACACCAGGGAGCAUCCCUACACAUGUGGGGAUUGUGGGAAGAGCUACAGCCUGAGCUCCAGCCUCCGCACCCACCAACGCAUCCACACUGGGGAACGUCCCUACACAUGUGGGGAAUGUGGGAAGAACUUCAGUGACAGCUCCCACCUCCGCACCCACCAGCUCAUCCACAGCAGGGAACGGCCAUACAAGUGCUUGGAAUGUGGGAAGAGGUUUCAGACCAGCUCCAAUCUCCUCCUGCACCAGCGGACGCACACGGAUGAGAGACCCUUCCGCUGCACUGACUGUGGGAAGGGCUUCAAACUGAACUCCCACCUUGUCAGGCACCGGCGCAUCCACACUGGGGAGAGGCCCUACAAGUGUGGGGAGUGUGGGAAGACCUUCACCCAGAGCUCUAACUUGACCUCACACCAACGGACCCACAGAUAAGUGAAGCCCUACCAGUGCCCUGACUGCGGGAAGAACUUCGACCUCUGCUUCCACCCCGAAUGAAGCCCCUGAUGGUGAGGCAACCCCUGGAGUCCAGUGACUGUCAGUCCAUCCCUUUCGACCAGAAUGGGCCAGUCCCCUUUCACAGGGGCAGGUUCUUCCAACAGAACCCUUCUUGGGGGGUCAGUCCUGGAGGUUGAGA